CUGGUGACGUUUAAACACUUCCUGGUUUACAGAGAACCACAUGCGCAGGUGAUAUUCUCCGUUGUUUGGGUACUGAAACGUGUUUAUACACAGUCAGUGAUACAGCUAGCCAAUGAGCACGAUUAUUAUCCUACAGCGGACUUUAAACGAAACAGAACAAGCUCGAGUAUGCAUUCUUUGGAGGCAUGAAUGGGAUUUAAUCUGCCACCACUUCUUCCCGAUAAGGAGUUUGCCAGUUAUCUUUUGCUAAAGCGCGCCAUGGCAGGAGUGCGCAAGUCUUCACGUUACACUCGGUCUGGUGGCCUUGCUGGGAUUCUGUCAGCCGAGCCGUGCCACCUUGUCCUGGAGAGCUCCCCGCCCGAUUAUGUGAAGAAAAUAUCGCGGUAUCUCGAGUCCUCCGUGGGACGGGACGGGGUAUGUGAUGAAAUCGCCGCAGCAGACAGUGACUCAGGAGACAGCCUGUUCCUAACCCAGAAGCAAGUCCCUGAGGCGGUGAGGUCAGGAAGGCGAGAACGCCUCAGCCUGAGGUCAAAACCCGUAUCUCCCAGAGAUCUAGAGGGAAGUGAUGCUGGCUCUUUAUCGUCUGAUUCCCACGAGGAACCCAAAACUGCCAAAGAUGAGAGAAAUAAGAAACAGACUCCAAUCAGCAGUCUGCCAAAGUUCAGUUUCCCUUUCCUGUCAGGGAGGAAGUUGAAGGGGAAGGCCAGAAGCACUGGGUUGUUUAACGUGCAGAACAAAGCCCUUCACAAUUCUGCAAUGGGAGGCUUCUUCAAAUGUCUCAUCGAGGGCUACGAACGGGGACACAAUGCCCAGUCGUCUUUACCAACGGUGGACGUGGAGGGGCAGAACAUAUCCCCGUUGUCUGAAGAAGAAGAAGAAGACGAGGACAUCAAAGUUGUGGAGAGGAAGCGUUUCGUGGUGCUGUCAAAAGCGACGAGGCAACAAACGUGGGGCAGCCUUAAACAGCAGAUGAGGAAAGCUGAUAAUCCCGGACAAGAAACCCCUCGAGGAGGACGACUCAAGGCGACAGAGGGGUCCGUAACGAGGGGAAAACCGUUGUCUGCUGAUGCAGACGGCUGUCACGGUGGAGAGUCUACUUGCGGAGCUCCGGUCGAGAGGGAGAGGAACGAGCAGCGCGUGAUAAGUGGCGGAAACAUUCUGGCUCGAAGGGAAAAGAAAAACAGACGCCAUGCUCAGGGAAACGGUCUUUUUCAGCAAAGUGUAACGGAGGAAGAGCUGUGUGACGACAGCGACGCCACAGUCUGCGAGCCACCUGAGCCACAGAGAAGUCCAAGGCGUGGCGAGCACGUUGGGGAAGAAUCCGAGGCUGCAGCAGAACCUCAGACCGUCGUCUCCCACACGGGCGAGCUAUCCCAGACAGAGGAUGAACCUGAGAGCCAGAGCCUCCUCCGCAGUCUCCCGGACAUCGCACGCGACACUAAUAAUGACGAGGCAAGCAAUGAAAGUGGCGCGAAGAGGAGGAAAAAGAAGAGAAAAGACAAGGGAGCUCUUGAAAGCGUAGAAGAAGAAAUGGGUCAGAGUCAGGAGGAGCCAGAGCGUCUGCAUGCAGCGGCACGAGAAGCAGCCGGCCUGUCUGAGGAUAACAGGGCAGGGCCUCCAGCAGCACAGUCUAGUGAUGAGCUGGAAUUUAAUGGAAGAAAUUGUAUAAAGAACUCACAAACACAGGAGGGGGAAGGCACUCCUGAUUCAAAACCAAAGAAAAAGAAGAGAAAAAAGGAUAAAUCUUUAGCAGACUAUGUUGGACAGGGAGGGGAUGGAAACUCAGAAUCAGAUGUGAGAACUGAGGAGGCCGUGUUUUCAGCGAACGUGGAGAAUGAUGGCAAGGAGGAGAAGAAGAAGAGGAAAAUAAGCGGCGAAGACGCCAAGCGGUUACAGUCCGGCACAGUUGACGAAGCUCUGAAUGUUGAGGAUGCUGCGAUAAAGAAGAAAACGAAAAAAAGGAAAGGAAAGCUGAGCCAAGAUGGCGACGAGGGCGUAGAUGUGAGCCUCUUUAAUGGAGCUGUUACCUCGGAAGAAAGAAUGGGGACACCAGUGAAGAAGAAGAAGAAGAAAACUGUCUCUGAUGAGGCAGAAGAUGUAGAUGACGCCCAGGAAAUGACGGAGGGCCUUGAAGACCAAACCACUGAACUGAUGAAUAAGAAAAAGAAGAAGAAGAAGAAGAAGAAGAAGAAAAUAAGUGAAGGAUCUGGCUGGAAUAUGACAGACGACAAUGCGACACAAAGAGAUGAUUCAGUGUCUGUGCGGGAAAAGGAAAAGAGGGCGACCCCAUCCUUCCUCGUUGCUGAUGCGAAGGAAAACAGUGCUCGGACACACGGGAAGCAAAACUCUCCUCCGCAGUCUGUGGGUGCAGAAAAAACAGUCGGCGCCGGUGAUUUUGAGACAGAAUCAGCGGAGGUCGCAGGAAAUUUAGAAGAAUCUAACGACCGGGUCAGAAAAAAGAAAGAGAAGAGGAAGGUGAAAGUAGAAGAGGACGGUGUGGAAACAGAUCACGGGCAGGAUUUUGAGGAAGCAAACAAAACAAAAGAGAAGAAGACACGUAGAAGAAACGAAAGCGAGUCGGCAAACCCAGCGGAAAGGUUUCAAAAUGCGGCUGAUGAGGGGUACCCUCCGACCGAUGAGGACGCGGCGGUGAAAAAGAAGAAGAAGAAGAAGUGCCACGUCACUACCACUGAAGAUGCCAAGUCAGAAAGAUCUGCAUUGAAUACCUGCAGAGAGACACCUGGAAACCAGGCGUCAAACGAAACGAGAGACGGGAAAAAUCUGCUCGAGGGGAAAGCGUCGUUCAAGCCCCGCGAAAACAAAAAGAAGAGGAGAAAGGAAAGAAAUGAGCAAUCACCCGACCCCGGUAUCAAACCCAGCAGCCCCAUGCUGUCAGAGACUUUGAUAUCGGUGACUGAAAAAACGUCUCCAGACCGCAUCAUGAAAAACAAGCACGCAAAGGUCAAGCGGACACUUCUUAAUCUAAGUGAUGGCUUCCUCUGAGACUGCCGGUACGAACUGGCUGUUAGGACGAGUUCUAGACCGGCAGACAAAGUGAUGGAAGUUUGAUCUGCAGAGGGAAUCGCCUGAACUCACAGAAGGACAGUGUGACAGCAAUGAGGUUUAAAAAAUAUAUUGUUUCAUGUUGUGAUAUAUUGUGUUUUGUAUCAAAGGUUUGUUGUGUUGGGUUUUUUUUUUUACCAUGGUCUCAGCCUUUUUGGUGUUUGAUAUGAACUUAAGAGACAAAAUAUACCUCAACAAAAACAUGAUUUUUUUUUCAUUUCUUUAAAUAAAAGCGGCUGAGUCUGGAUGUUUUUGGAUGAAACACAUAAUUGUUAUUGUGGAGCCUUGUUUUAUGUUUUUUUUUUAUUAUUUAUUUUUUUUUCAAUUGUAACUCCACUGUCAACUAACUAACCUGAGGGGUGUAAAUCUGAACGCCUCACCUGCCACCCGAUGGCAGUCGGGAGAAAAGAAUAAUAUCGCUCCAUAAUCCCUGUCCUGUUUUAUGGGUUUUUGCCCUGCAGCUGCACCUUUCUAGUCGACAGAUAAACAUUUUUCUUCUGGUGAUGUGAAAAAAAAAUCAUGCUCUAGCUCAAGUCCCUGAUGGGCCUAAAACUAACAAUUCUUCUCUCUGCCGAUUCUUUGUAUGAUUAAUUGAUAAACUGUUUGGUUUAAAUGAAUGUCAGGAAAUAAAAAAGGUCUUUCAGUGUUUCCAAAAGCUCA